CAACAAUCUUCAAGAUGGCCGCCUUUGUCAAAGCGAUCAACGCCAAAAUAAGGGCACACCCCAUGCUCAACUAUGUGUGUUCGACACAUUUCUGGGGCCCAGUGUCCAACUUCGGUAUCCCCAUCGCGGCCGUGAUGGACACACAGAAGUCACCCGAGCUUAUCUCGGGCCAGAUGACCGCUGCUCUUUGCAUCUACUCUGCGACAUUCAUGCGCUACUCCCUCGCCGUCUCGCCGGCUAACUACCUCCUCUUCGCGUGCCACUUCAUCAACGAGGGGUCGCAGUUAACACAAGGAUACCGCUACCUGAACUACCACCACUGGGGCGGGAAGGAGGAGAUGGCCAAGAAGGGCGAGCUGUCAAAGAUUGAUGCUCCGGCUGAGAGCAAGAAGUUGGGCGAGUUGGUUGAGAAGGCCAAGACUGAGUUGAAGAAGUAGAGGGAUCGCUGGUUGGGAUUACACUCAUACGGUGGAGAGGAUGUCUUGGGGAGGAAUUGAGGAUGCAGGAAGUGAUAGAUCUACCAAGGAGACUCGAGGGUUAUACAAAUCUACGGUGAUCAGAGUGAAGCGGCGACUUCAGACUGGAAAGAAGCAUGUAAACAACAAUAGACUUCAGUGCUAUGUGCUAUAAUGAAUUUAAAUAUGUUGAUUGCUUUUCAAACGGC